AUGUCCAUCCUCGCUCGCGCCUCCCUCCGCGCCGCACGGGUCGCUGUGCCCAGGCAGCAGAUCCGGUCGAUGCACGUCGACAACGUCGUGGACCACGCCCUCCCCACCAACGUAACCAACAAGCCCUGGCUCGCUGCCAAGAUCAUCAUCUACGGAUGCACCGGCUUCGGACUCCCCUUCUACGCUGCGCACUGGCACAUGCAGAAGGCUGGGGCCGCAUAG